CCUUUCCACCCCCACGACGCUCCUGCCGGUAGAUGCGAUGUCGGACGAGGGCAAUGCCCCGUCGCCGGACGCGACCCUCGGCGUGUUCCUCAUCGGCAUAGCGCUAGCUUCCGUCUACUAUGGGAUCACGUUCCUGCAAGCCUGCUUCUACUUCCGCAGCUUCCCGGAGGAUCGGCGUCGUAUGAAGGCACUAGUCGCGAUGGUCUGGUUUACCGUGACCUUGAGCCACGUCUUCAUCUGUCAUGCCGCCUAUUAUUACUUGGUUAAGCACCAGGGGAAUACCUAUGCGUUAAUGCAUACUACAUGGAGUCUUGCGCUACCAGCAGGUGUAAACUCUAUGACAGGUAUGAUGGUUCAGUUCUUCCUUGCGCGACGCGUGUUCAUUCUCAGCGGACGCAAUUGGGUGCUCACCGUACUGAUAUGGGCUCUGGCUCUUGCUCAAGGGUGUAUGGGAUGGUCGAUUGCUAUAUCUUCACUGCUCCACCCAGACGGGACCGAGAUCAAGAAAUACGCAGAACUCGUCCCUCCGACGUUCGCUAUAACGGCGGCGACCGACGUUGUCGUCACCGCGUCGCUCGUUUAUUAUCUGCAAAUAAGGAAGACCGGCGUUCAAGGCACGAAUGGGCUCGUCAACCGACUCAUCUGUAUGACCAUUAAGAGCGGUCUCAUUAGCAGCUCGUUGGCGCUGUCGGCCUGCAUAAUACAGCUGCGAUGUCCGGAGAGCUUCGUGCCCAUCGCCUUGUGCUUCAUACUGGGCAAAGCGUAUGCCAACACGUUCUUGACCAGUCUGAAUAACCGGGAUACCAUCCGCUCAGAAUCUAUGGCAUCCACUGAUGAAGACGCUACGGGCAUCUACUUCGCGAAGUCCGUGUUCAGUACCGCGGCGAAUCCCCUAGACGGGCUCGAGGCAACGGACAAGGGGGUAGAUGGCUGGGAUGACAGAAGAAUAACGUUCGCUGCUCCCUAGACGGGACCAUACGAGAUGGAGAUUGUAUCAUGGGCUGUACUUUGUCUGUACCGGGUCAAAGGGCUUGCUUGCAUCCUUUAUAUACCAUUGUUGAGGGCGGA